AUCGCGAGAGUUGCUUUCUUUUCGGCAUGGCCGAGCUCUGCCUCAACGUGUUAGAAUACGUGAAGUAAUAAGUGGAACUACCUCUGGUUUAGUUUGUCAUUUGUAUUCAUUUUAUUUAAAUUAGUAAAAUUACGGAGUUUCGAUACCUACAACAUGCAGCAUGACGAUGUAUUUUGGGAUGUUAUUGGCAACAAGCAGUUUUGCUCAUUUAAAGUAAAAACAAAGACACAGAAUUUCUGUCGGAAUGAAUACAGCCUCACAGGCCAGUGUAACCGCUCAUCCUGUCCACUUGCGAAUAGCCAGUAUGCCACUAUCAAAGAAGAAAAAGGCCAAUGUUUUCUGUACAUGAAGGUUAUAGAAAGAGCUGCCUUUCCCUCUAGACUGUGGGAGAAGGUGAAACUAAGCAAAAACUAUGAAAAGGCAUUGGAACAGAUCGACACAAAUCUUAUAUACUGGCCUCGCUUCAUCAGACACAAGUGCAAACAGCGGUUCACCAAGAUCACACAGUACUUGAUCCGAAUUCGCAAGUUGACUCUCAAGCGACAGCGCAAACUUGUUCCCUUGAGUAGAAAAGUGGAGAGAAGAGAGAAACGGAGAGAGGAAAAGGCCUUAGUAGCAGCUCAGCUUGACAAUGCAAUAGAAAAGGAGCUGUUGGAACGACUGAAGCAAGGCACGUAUGGCGAUAUCUACAAUUUUCCUGCCCAUGCUUUUGAAAAGGCAUUGGAUAAUCAAGAGCCAGAAAGUGAAACAGAUUCUGAAGAGGAAGAAGAGAAUGAAGAUGCCGAUGAUGGCCACAGAGAGUUUGUUGAAGCUGACAUCGAUGAAAGUGACCUUAGUGACUUUGAGGAAAUGAACAAACUCAAAGGAAGCAGUGAUGAAGAAGGGUCAAGUGAAGAGGAAGAGUCUGAGAUGGAGGAAGAAGCAGAGAAAGAGGCAGAGUGUUCAACCUCUAAAGCAAAGAAGUCAAAAGGCAAAGCACCAAUAAAGGGGCCAUUUAGAAAAAAGAGGGCUUAUGUGGAAAUUGAGUAUGAACAUGAAAUGGAACCAGCAGCGAAAGAGAGAGCCACCUGACCAAUCGGGGCUGUGUUACAGCACAUGCUUUUUAAAGACACUUUUGCCUUGGACUUCAGCUCUGGACAGGACAUGGGGAAACAUACAGUAUAGUUAACAUCUGUCUGCUUUUGUAUGAAGCAUCAUGUUCUACAUGCAGGGUGCUUGCCUGUAGAGCAGCUUUAUCAAUUUUACUCAAUUCUUCCAAAAUUAAACAUGGUUUUGGAAUGCC